AUGCGUUCUUCGUUUUGGCUCGCAGCCGCUCUUGGCAGCGCCACCACCUCGGCCAUUGCCACGAUCGAGGCAGUUGGCAGCAAGUUCUUCACUAGUGAUGGUGACCAGUUCUUCAUCAAGGGUGUUGCGUAUCAGUUGGUACCCGAUGACCCACUGAUUGACACCGAGCAAUGCACCAGAGAUGCUACUUUGAUGAGCGAACUGGGAGCCAACACGAUCCGUGUCUACCAUGUCGAUGCUGAUGCUGACCACGACGGCUGCAUGUCUGCUUUCGCCGACGCUGGUAUCUACGCCAUGAUCGACAUGGACACGUUCUCAAGCUACAUUUUGCCGGGUGAUUUAUACUGGAACCAGACACAGUAUGAGAGCUACGCCAAGGUCAUGGAUACCUUUCAAGGAUAUGACAACCUUCUUGGUCUUUUCGUGGGCAACGAGAUUAUUGCUACCAACAACCAGUCCAUCGCUGCUCCAUUCAUCAAGGCAGCUGCCCGUGAUCUGAAGGCUCACAGAAAGUCCAAAGGUUACCGUGAAAUCCCCAUUGGCUAUUCUGCUGCAGACAUCGCCGAGCUUCGACCCAUGUUGCAGGAUUAUUUGACAUGCGGUGGAAACGCCUCCGAGAACAUUGACUUUUUCGGUCUGAAUUCAUAUGAAUGGUGCGACCCGGCAACAUACCAGACUUCUGGCUAUGCCAACUUGCAAGCAGACGCAGGCAAUUUCCCGGUUCCUAUCUUCUUUUCGGAGACAGGAUGUAAUGUCCCCGGCCCUCGUGUGUUCGAUGAUCAAGCUGCCAUUUUUGGUUCCAACAUGGUCAGUGACUGGAGUGGAGCCAUCGUCUAUGAGUGGAUUCAAGAGGCAAACAACUAUGGUUUGAUCUCAUACGGCCCCUCGGUUGCCGCCACCGUGACUGGAACUGACAUUGACGGCGGAUACACCCGAAAGGGAACGCCGACACCUGUUAGCCCCGACUUCAGCAACCUGAAGAGCCAAUGGGCCAGCAUCACGCCUACUGGAGUUGCCAAGUCCGCCUACGAUGCCUCAAGUGUUUCUACUCGAUCUUGCCCGGCGUCCACAUCCGGCGGCUGGUUGAUCGAUGGUAAUGUGGCCCUGCCCAGUCUAGGGGCUACGUUCACUAGCACGGCGGGAUAUUCUAGCACACCUUCGGCGACAGGCAGUGCAACCGGUACUGCAGCUUCAGCAUCGUCUACCAAGAACGCGGGGAACCAAGCUGUCUCUGGCACCAAGGAGCUCACUGGAAUGGCCGCCGGUCUCGCGAGUGUCCUUCUUAUUUUCACAUUCUGGCUUUGA